CUCCCACUAGCACAUUCCUUGCAGAGAAAACAAGAACCUGACUGGAACCGCAAGAUAUGCGAGCAUGAACACUCACCUUGGCAUUGAGCAAAGCAGGAGGGAUGAUUUAGAAUCUCUUGGAUAUGUUCUUAUGUACUUUUUAAGAGGAAGUCUUCCUUGGCAAGGGCUUAAAGCAGGAACCAAGAAGCAGAAAUAUGAAAAGAUCAGUGAAAGGAAGGUGUCUACAUCCAUCGAGGCUUUAUGUCGUGGUUAUCCUACGGAAUUUGCAUCCUACUUCCAUUAUUGCCGUUCGCUGCGUUUUGAUGAUAAGCCAGAUUAUGCUUAUCUGAAAAGAAUAUUCCGUGACCUUUUCAUUCGUGAAGGCUUUCAGUUUGAUUAUGUGUUUGACUGGACCAUUUUGAAGUAUCAACAAUCACAGAUUGCUACUCCCCCUGCCCGUCCCAUUGGUGCUGCUGCUGGAACAAGCUCUGGGAUGCCCCCAGCUGCUGUCAAUGCUGACAAACCGUCAGGUGGUGAAGAAGGAAGACCACCUGGCUGGUCUUCAAUGGAUCCCACUCGUAGGAGACUAUCAGGUCCCAUUAUAAAUUCAGGAAGUUUAUCGAAGCAGAAAAGUCCAGUUGCAAACGAUUCCACAGUGAAUAAAGAUGCUAUGUUGUCUAGCAGUUACCUUUUGGGGCGGACAAGUGGGUCAUCAAGGCGAGCUGCUGUUUCUAGUAGUCGUGAUGCAGUGAUGGUGGGGAGUGAGUCUGACCCUUCUCGGCCUCGAACAACAGACGCAAGCCCAGGAGCUUUUCGCAAGGUAGCAAGUGCACAGAGAAGUUCACCGGUUGCAUCCGCGGAGCAUAAGCGCACAUCUUCUAGCAGAAACACCUCUAACAUAAAGAACUAUGAAUCAACUCUGAAGGGUAUUGAGGGCCUGAAUUUUGACAAUGAUGAGAGGUUGCAGUAUUAGUCCGACGGUGCCCUGUCAGCCCUGUCUUGCUCUGGCUCAUGUUCUGUUUCUCUUGUAAAUCACUAGCUGCUGUACUACUGUUUACACUUUGGAGUGGAAUUAUUCUCUUUUGAGUAUCUGUUUGGGGGGAGGAUGUGAUUUAGAACCCAAGGUACUGACUGGUUGGGAAUGACGGUAUGACACCCUCAAAGACCAUAAAAUAAGAGUCAAAAGAGAGGAGUCAAGCUUGACCGUAUCCCACCUUGUUAAGGCUGUGUCCAAUACAGGUUGAGUUGUCAGCAUUGCUUCACUUCGACUAAAACCGUUGCAACUGUAAUUUCUAUGCUUCAUAUCUUAUCCUCAUCCUCAUCCUCAUCCUAUGCUGUGUUCCAUCAAGUAAUGUUACUGUAAGCUGGCCUUGUAUUGAUUAUUAAAUAUUUUUUUUCCAGAUCUUAACCCCCCUUCUGUGCAACUUUAAUUUGGAUAAAACUUGUGAACAGAAACUUUAGUGCGGGUAUGCACUGGUUAAGAAUGUUUAUUGUAGGGAUUCAAUCGGUUUGGUGUA